GCGCGCCCGCCGGCCUCGGGGAGCCCGGGAGCCGUCCGGCCGGGCGGGGCGGGGCGGCCGCCACCAUGGAGCCCCAGCGCCGGGAGCUGCUCGCCCAGUGUCAGCAGAGCCUGGCCCAGGCCAUGACGGAGGUGGAGGCCGUGCUCGGGCUGCUCGAGGCCGCGGGAGCGCUGAGCCCCGGCGAGCGGCGGCAGCUGGACGAGGAGGCGGGAGGCGCCAAGGCGGAGCUGCUGCUCAAGCUGCUGCUGGCCAAGGAGCGGGACCACUUCCACGACCUGCGGGCGGCGCUGGAGAAGACGCAGCCUCACCUGCUGCCCAUCCUCUACCUGAACGGCGUCGUCGGGCCGCCGCAGCCCGCCGAGGGCGCCGGCUCCACCUACAGCGUCUUGUCCAUCAUGCCCUCAGACUCGGAGAGCAGCAGCUCACUCAGCAGUGUGGGCACCACCGGGAAGGCGCCAUCCCCACCGCCUGUGCUCAGCGACCGGCAGGUGAAUGAGAAGGUGGAGAACCUCUCCAUUCAGCUGCGGCUGAUGACCCGGGAGAGGAACGAGCUGCGGAAGCGCCUGGCCUUUGCCACCCACGGGACCACCUUUGACAAGAGGCCCUACCACAGGCUGAACCCAGACUACGAGAGGCUGAAGAUCCAGUGCGUGCGGGCCAUGUCGGACCUGCAGAGUCUGCAGAGCCAGCACACCAACGCCCUGAGGAGGUGCGAGGAGGUGGCCAAGGAGACGGACUUCUACCACACACUCCACAGCCGGCUCCUGAGUGACCAGACCCAGCUGAAGGACGACGUGGAUAUGCUGAGGCGGGAGAAUGGACAGCUGCUACGGGAACGCAACCUGCUCCAGCAGUCGUGGGAGGACAUGAAGCGGCUCCACGAGGAGGACCAGAAGGAAAUUGGCGACCUCCGGGCCCAGCAGCAGCAGGUGCUGAAGCACAACGGGUCAUCAGAAAUUCUCAACAAGCUGUACGACACGGCCAUGGACAAGCUGGAGGUGGUGAAGAAGGACUAUGACGCCCUGCGGAAGCGGUACAGCGAGAAAGUCGCCAUCCACAGCUCGGACCUGAGCCGCCUGGAGCAGCUGGAGGAGGAGAACCAGCGCCUGCUGAAGCAGACAGAGAUGCUGACCCAGCAGAGGGACACGGCCAUCCAGCUGCAGCACCAGUGUGCCCUCUCCCUGAGGAGGUUCGAGGCCAUUCACCAUGAGCUGAACAAAGCCACGGCCCAGAACAAGGACCUGCAGUGGGAGAUGGAGUUACUGCAGUCAGAGCUGACGGAGCUGAGGACCACACAGGCGAAAACCGCCAAGGAGUCGGAGAAGUACAAGGAGGAGCGGGACGCAGUGUACAGCGAGUACAAGCUCAUCAUGAGCGAGCGCGACCAGGUCAUCUCCGAGCUGGACAAGCUGCAGACCGAGGUAGAGCUGGCCGAGUCCAAGCUCAAGAGCAGCACGUCUGAGAAGAAGGCGGCCAGCGAGGAGAUGGAGGCACUGCGGCAGAUCAAAGACACAGUGACGAUGGACGCCGGGAGAGCCAACAAGGAGGCUGAAAUCCUUCGAAAGCAGUGCAAGGCUCUGUGCCAGGAGCUGAAGGAAGCCCUCCAAGAGGCGGAUGUGGCCAAGUGCCGGCGGGACUGGGCAUUCCAGGAGCGGGACAAGAUCGUGGCUGAGCGGGACAGCAUCCGGACGCUCUGUGACAACCUGAGGCGGGAGCGGGACCGGGCAGUGAGUGAGCUGGCUGAGGCCCUGCGCAGCCUGGACGACACUCGCAAACAGAAGAACGAUGUCAGCCGGGAGCUGAAGGAGCUCAAGGAGCAGAUGGAAUCCCAGUUGGAAAAGGAGGCCCGGUUCCGGCAGCUGAUGGCCCACAGCUCGCACGACUCGGCCAUCGACACAGACUCUAUGGAGUGGGAAACAGAAGUUGUGGAGUUUGAAAGGGAGACGGAGGAUAUCGACUUGAAAGCACUUGGGUUCGAUAUGGCAGAAGGUGUGAACGAGCCUUGUUUGCCGGGGGACUGUGGCAUAUUUGUCACUAAGGUGGACAAAGGAAGCAUCGCUGAUGGCCGCUUACGGGUCAAUGACUGGCUGCUGAGAAUCAACGACGUGGACCUCAUCAACAAGGACAAGAAGCAGGCCAUCAAGGCACUUCUCAAUGGGGAGGGGGCCAUCAACAUGGUUGUGCGUCGGAGGAAGUCCCUGGGUGGGAAGGUGGUCACACCACUGCACAUCAACCUGAGCGGGCAUAAAGACAGUGGCAUCAGUCUCGAGAAUGGAGUGUAUGCUGCCGCCGUGGUGCCUGGAAGCCCAGCUGCCAAGGAGGGGUCCCUUGCCGUGGGAGACAGGAUCGUGGCCAUCAAUGGCAUUGCACUGGACAACAAGUCUCUGAAUGAGUGUGAGUCUCUGCUGCGGAGCUGCCAGGACUCCCUGACCCUGUCCCUCCUGAAGGUGUUCCCUCAGAGCGCCUCGUGGAGCGGCCAGAAUAUCUUUGAAAACAUCAAGGACUCUGAUAAGAUGCUGAGCUACCGAGCCCACGGCCCAGAGGUCCAGGCUCAGAAUAAACGGAAUUUGAUGCAGCACAACAAUUCCACGCAGACAGACAUCUUCUACGCAGACAGGCUGGAGGACAGGAAGGAGCUGGGUCCCCCCGGAGGCAGCAGCUCCUUCCUGCACAAGCCGUUCUCCGGGGGACCCUUCUCCGUCUCCCCCCAGGCUUGUCCCAGCGCGUCCGAGCGCAGCCUGAGCUCCUUCCGCUCAGAUGCCUCGGGGGAGCGUGGCUACGGGCCGGCAGACGUGCGCAGCCGGCGGCCGCUGCUGCCCUUCGAGACCGAGGUGGGCCCCUGUGGGGCGGCAGAGGCUCCCCUGGACAAGGCAGAGCCUGACAACACCCACAGCGGUGGGACCUGGCCCAAGGCUGUGCUCAGCUCCAUGGCGGGGCCCGAGAAGCUCUCUGUUUACAGGAAGCCAAAGCAAAGAAAAUCUAUCUUUGACCCAAACACUUUCAAACGCCCCCAGACGCCCCCCAAAAUAGACUACUUGCUCCCAGGCUCUGGGCCUGCCCAUUCCCCUCUGCCCUCCAAGAGGGUGGGACCUCUGACGCCCCCAAAACCUCCCAGGAGAGGUGACUCCAUUAAGUUCCAGCACAAGCUGGAAACCAGUUCUGAGUCAGAGGCCACGCUGGUGGGCAGCUCCCCGUCCACCAGCCCCCCUAGCGCCCUGCCCCCUGACAUGGACCCUGGGGACCCCAUGCACGCCUCGCCCCCUCGCAAAGCCAGGGUCCGCAUCGCUUCCAGUUACUGCCCCGAAGGGGACAGGGACCCCUCCUGCCUGCCAGCCAAGAAGUCCUGUGACGAGGACCUCACCUCCCAGAAGGCGGACGAGCUGGGGCAGAAGCGCCGCCGGCCCAAGUCCGCGCCCAUCUUUCGGCCCAAGCUCGCUCCAGUCGUGAUCCCUGCUCAAUUCCUGGAGGAGCAGAAGUGCACCCCGGCCAGUGGAGAGCUCUCCCCAGAUCUCCAGGAGUGGUCCCCUUACUCUCCUGGACAUUCCAGCCGGCACAGCAACCCUCCGUUCUACCCCAGCAGGGCAUCUGUGGGCACGGUUCCCCGGAGUAUGGCCCCGAGCACUGUGAGCUCCGUCCUGAGGAACCCCAUCUACACCGUGCGCAGCCACAGGGUCGGCCCUUGCAGCUCUCCACCCAUCCCCAGAGAGGUUGGCCCCCACGGGUUGCACCCCAGUGUCCAGCACCAGGGCCGCCUCAGCCUGGACCUGAGCCCCAGGGCCUGCAGCGACUGCUCUGACAUGAGAGCCUCCCAUGGGUCCAACUCCCUGCCCUCCAGCGCCCGCCUCGCCAUAGGGUCUUCGAGCAAUUUGCAGUUCAAGGCAGAACGCAUUAAAAUCCCAUCGACGCCAAGAUACCCGCGGUCUGUCGUGGGGUCUGACAGAGGCUCGCUGUCGCACUCGGAGUGCAGCACGCCCCCGCAGUCUCCCCUCAGCGUCGAAGGCCUGUCCUCCUGUAGCCAGCCCCAGACCUCAGCCGCCACGUUGCCCAGGAUUGCUGUCAACCCUGCUGCCCCUGGGGAGCGCAGGAAGGACAGGCCCUACGUGGAGGAGCCACGCCAUGUGAAGCUGCAGAAGGGCUCCGAGCCACUGGGCAUCUCCAUCGUGAGUGGGGAGAAGGGCGGCGUCUACGUCUCCAAGGUGACCGGGGGGAGCAUUGCUCACCAGGCUGGCCUUGAGUAUGGGGACCAGUUACUUGAGUUCAAUGGCAUCAACCUGCGGAGCGCCACAGAGCAGCAAGCCCGGCUCAUCAUCGGGCAGCAGUGUGACACUAUCACCAUUCUGGCCCAGUACAACCCGCACAUGCACCAGCUCAGCAGCCACUCCCGGUCCAGCUCCCACCUGGACCCCGCUGGUAUUCACUCCACUCUCCAGGGCAGCGGUGCCACCACCCCAGAGCAUCCCUCUGUCAUCGACCCGCUGAUGGAGCAGGACGAGGGCCCUGGCACACCCCCAGCCAAGCAGAGCACCCCCAGCUCCAGGACGGUGGGAGAUGCCACCAAGAAGACCCCAGAGCCACGAGUCGUCUUCAUCAAGAAGUCGCAAUUGGAGCUUGGCGUGCACUUAUGUGGAGGGAACCUGCACGGGGUGUUUGUGGCCGAGGUGGAGGACGACAGUCCUGCCAAGGGCGCCGACGGCCUUGUGCCCGGGGACCUCAUCCUUGAGUACGGCGGUCUGGACGUACGCAGCAAGACGGUGGAGGAGGUCUACGUGGAGAUGCUAAAGCCCAAGGACAGUGUCCGCCUGAAGGUGCAGUACCGCCCCGAGGAGUUCUCCAAGGUCAAGGGCCUGCCUGGCGACAGUUUCUACAUCAGGGCCCUGUAUGAGCGACUGGCAGAGGUGGAGCCCGAGCUGAGCUUUAAGAAAGAUGACAUUCUGUACGUGGAUGACACCUUGCCCCAGGGCUCAUUUGGGUCCUGGAUGGCCUGGCAGCUGGAUGAGAAUGCCCAGAAAAUCCAGCGCGGGCAGAUCCCCAGCAAAUACGUAAUGGACCAAGAAUUCUCCCGGAGGCUCAGCAUGUCUGAAGUCAAAGAUGAAAACAGCGCCGCAAAGACGCUCUCGGCGGCUGCACGCAGAUCCUUCUUUCGAAGGAAACAUAAGCACAAACGCAGCGGGUCCAAAGAUGGGAAAGACCUCCUUGCCUUGGACACCUUUUCCAAUGACUCCAUUCCACUCUUCGAAGAUUCAGUGAGCCUGGCCUAUCAGCGGGUCCAAAAGGUGGACUGCACCUCCCUGAGGCCCGUCCUGAUCCUGGGGCCCUUCCUGGAUGUGGUGAAGGAGAUGCUGGUGAACGAGGCGCCCGGCAAGUUCUGCAGAUGCCCCCUUGAGGUGAUGAAGGCCUCCCAGCAGGCCAUCGAGCGGGGCGUCAAAGACUGCCUGUUUGUCGAUUACAAGCGGAGGAGUGGCCACUUUGACGUGACCACUGUGGCUUCCAUAAAGGAGAUCACAGAAAAGAACCGGCACUGCCUCCUGGACGUCGCCCCCCACGCCAUCGAGCGGCUGCACCACAUGCACAUCUACCCGAUCGUCAUCUUCAUCCACUACAAGAGCGCCAAGCACAUCAAGGAGCAGAGAGACCCCAUCUACCUGAAGGACAAGGUGACCCAGAGGCAUUCCAAAGAGCAGUUUGAGACGGCGCAGAAGAUUGAACAGGAGUACAGCAGGUACUUCACAGGGGUCGUCCAGGGAGGAGCCCUGUCGAGCAUUUGUACUCAGAUCUUGGCAGUGGUCAAUCAAGAGCAAAAUAAAGUCCUGUGGAUCCCAGCCUGCCCUCUCUAGAACACAGUGCUGGAGAUGACUGUAGCUUGGCCUCCAGCCCGACCGCCUGGCGCAGCUCUUUGCAGUGACUACGGAUAGAUGCCUCUGUGUGUAAACACGAAGGGGAGGGAUCCAUGAACCGGGGCUCCAGAAGCACCUCCUCUGUACACGGAAGGCCGCAGACGGACGGGACCCAGACCCCGGCCAGCUGACUGCGCUUCUCCCACACGUGUGCUUUAAGACAGAGACUGUGGAGUGGGGGACUCGACACCAACCUUCCUUGUAGCCAGCUCAACAGAUGCUGCAAAGAGAACCUUUCAGAUCACAAGUUUACAAGCCUUUUCUAAGUAUUCAGUGGCUUAUGUUUACUUGAAUGGCUCCAUGUUGUUGCUGCCCAGCCCCUGCCCUUUUCCUCACUGUCGCUUUGGUGUUGGUUUUGUGCCUGCUUUCAACGAAACGACUCUGGAACCUCACUGGGGGCCACUUUGCUCUGGGAGGGUCUUAGCGGUGGGGCCAGAGCUCUGACGAAUGCCCCGCUCCUCAGCGGCCCCUCUCCUGGAAGGCCCUAUGACUGCGGCUGUUUAGACCGUCGUUGCGUGCGGAACUAGUGCCUUCGUGGGGCUGCGCGCUCUCCUCCUGCACCUAGGAAGGUGACUUCCACCGUCUUGUAGGCGCGUCCCUCAGACUUCGUCUCCUGCCACCUCUUACUUCUCAUCCACCUGUGUUCAUGAUUCCAGCAUUCUCUCUGGUCCUCAGAGCUUCAUGGGUUCACUGUGACACAGCCAGUUCUGGGCAGGAUGUCAGGCUGGGGCUGAGGCAUGCCACUGGGUCCUCCUUAGGUUCUGUGAAUAGUGACAGCCUUUACCAGUGCAGAUUUUGCAGAGGAAUUCCCAAAUGCUUUACAAUGGGGCAGGGACAUCAGCUCUGUUUGAUCUAAAAACAAUUCGUAUUUCAGACUCUGAAAAGAGAGCUCUUAACGGAAGCUUAAGGAUCAAUGUGGUCACUGUUAAAAUUCAAGAGAAGCUGGGAUCUGUCUAGUCUUGGCUUCAGCUCUCACAACGUGAGCAGAGCUCCACGAGGAUGGCUGUGUUCUGUUUUGUUUUUUAACGCAUCUGAUGCCAGAUGUUUCUGGCUGAAGAUUUGGUGUGGUUCCUCUUUAAACUGUGUGUCCUGUUAAUAAUAGGUACUGUACGGGGCUCCGGGUAAGUGUCACUGGGGUAGGACCUCUAUUUUAAUACUGUUCCUAACAUUUCAUUUUACUAGCAAGAAAUCGCUGAUUUCAUUUUAUUCUUUGUAAUUCUAGACACUAGAUUAUAGUUUAGCCAUACUGACAUUUUUUUAAAAAGGGAUAUAUUUUCUUGCACAGUCGUUCGCAAGGAGACACAUUUCCGUCUCCGUGCUGCCCUUGUUUCACAGGUACAUGCGUUCUGGCUGCGACAGCUAGGACCAGCCACAGGCUGGCGCGGGGUUUCGCUGGCGCCCGCGGGGCCGCUGCUCUGGGUGGCUGGGGUUGGCACAGAGAUGGUACAGUGUGCACGGGUACUGUUCUCACAGACUGGGGUUUUCUGUACUAAAACCUUCCUUUGUAUCAAAAGUUAAACAGACUUUAGUACAAUAAAUAAAGGUCAAUUUCUGUAA